GGUAAAACAAUAAGAGGGGGCGGCGGAAAAGGGGGCGGGACGUCCGUGUUCCUUGUCGCUCGCCGCAGCGUCUGGCCCCCGGGAAGAGGUGGUUGUAAGGGAAGCGAGCUCGCGGCUUUCCGGCUUCCGAGGCUUGAGGUUUGGCGGAGGGGGGAGGCGGGAAGCGAGAAGAAUCCGCGGCAGCCGGUCCCCGGCGACUCCCCUGCUGAUCUCCGCGCCGACGUACGCGCUGCCACUGUUGGUUGGAGCAUUUGACAUUGUGCAGCAAAGAAAUGGUUAUGGAGAAGCCCAGUCCGCUGCUUGUAGGGCGGGAGUUUGUGAGGCAAUAUUAUACUUUGCUGAAUAAAGCUCCAGAAUAUUUACACAGGUUUUAUGGCAGGAAUUCUUCCUACGUUCAUGGUGGAGUAGAUGCUAGUGGAAAGCCCCAGGAGGCUGUUUAUGGCCAAAAUGAUAUACACCACAAAGUAUUAUCUCUGAACUUCAGUGAAUGUCAUACUAAAAUUCGUCAUGUGGAUGCUCAUGCAACCUUGAGUGAUGGAGUAGUUGUCCAGGUCAUGGGUUUGCUUUCUAACAGUGGACAGCCAGAGAGGAAGUUUAUGCAAACCUUUGUUUUGGCUCCUGAAGGAUCUGUUCCAAAUAAGUUUUAUGUUCACAAUGAUAUGUUUCGUUAUGAAGAUGAAGUAUUUGGUGAUUCUGAACCAGAACUUGAUGAAGAAUCAGAAGAUGAAGUAGAAGAGGAACAAGAAGAAAGGCAACCAUCUCCAGAACCUGUGCAAGAAAAUGCUAACAGUGGUUACUAUGAAGCUCACCCUGUGACUAAUGGUAUAGAGGAGCCUUUAGAAGAAUCCUCUCAUGAACCUGAACCUGAGCCAGAAUCAGAAACAAAGACUGAAGAAUUGAAACCACAAGUGGAGGAGAAGAACUUAGAAGAAUUAGAGGAGAAGUCUACUUCUCCUCCUCCAGCUGAACCUGUUUCUCUGCCACAGGAACCACCAAAGGCUUUCUCCUGGGCUUCAGUGACCAGUAAAAACCUGCCUCCUAGUGGUACUGUUUCUUCCUCUGGAAUUCCACCCCAUGUUAAAGCACCAGUCUCACAGCCGAGAGUUGAAGCUAAACCAGAAGUUCAGUCUCAGCCACCUCGUGUGCGUGAACAACGACCUAGAGAACGACCUGGUUUCCCUCCUAGAGGACCAAGACCAGGCAGAGGAGAUAUUGAACAGAAUGAAUCUGACAACCGUAGAAUAAUUCGCUAUCCAGACAGUCAUCAACUUUUUGUUGGUAACUUGCCACAUGAUAUUGAUGAAAAUGAACUGAAAGAGUUCUUCAUGAGUUUUGGAAACGUUGUGGAACUUCGCAUCAAUACCAAGGGUGUUGGGGGAAAGCUUCCAAAUUUUGGUUUUGUGGUUUUUGAUGACUCUGAACCAGUUCAGAGAAUCUUAAUUGCAAAACCAAUUAUGUUUCGAGGAGAAGUACGUUUAAAUGUGGAAGAGAAAAAAACAAGAGCUGCAAGAGAGCGAGAAACCAGAGGUGGUGGUGAUGAUCGCAGAGAUAUUAGGCGCAACGAUCGAGGUCCUGGUGGUCCACGUGGAAUAGUGGGUGGUGGAAUGAUGCGUGACCGGGAUGGAAGAGGACCUCCCCCAAGAGGUGGCAUGGCACAGAAACUUGGCUCUGGAAGAGGAACCGGGCAAAUGGAAGGCCGCUUCACAGGACAGCGUCGCUGAAGCUCCACUGUUGGCAAAGUUUUGGCAGUGGUACAUUAUUCAUCGUGUUUGCAUUCUUGUUAAUUUUUUUUUGGCUUUGGAAUGUGACACAGCCUUUUUGAUCAUUUCUUUGAUGUGAAAAGCAUCUUUUGGUUAUCAGUUAAAUUGAGGUGGACGUUAUUUCCCCAAUUUCACAACAGGAUUCACAUUGUUAAUUUAUAAAUCUAGACUUGGAGAAUUAAGGACUGAGAAAUGACCAUAUCUUAAACUAUCUACAACAAAAUGAACUUAAAAGGACAUGCCCAACUGAAUUCAGGUCCUUUGAGUCAAAAAAAUCCUCUGCUGCACAUUUUGUUUAAGUGUUACUGUUUCUGCCUAUUAAUGUUGGAAACACAAAUAGUGCAAUUUGUGCAAUUGGAGAAUCUUGCCUUUUUUCUUGGCUCCCCCCAAAAAUACAAACCAACAGAAACUUGUUAUGCACUCAUCAAAAAUGCACUAAUGGGUACUCUGAACUCAUUAACAUUGACAUCUGCAACAGGAAGCAAAAGGGGAAAAAAUCUUUCAUCUUUUUUUCCAGUAGAGAAUAGUUUGUGAAAUGAUGAGGGCAUUUUAUCUGCUUGCUGUGACCAGCGUGUGUAUACAUAAACCUUAACAAGACUACAGUAUAUUCCAGAAGGAAAUCAUUUAGUUAUGAACUAAAUAACAAAAAUCAGAACUUCAAAUGCUAUGGUCUUGAAUAUUAGACCAGAUUUAGUAGCUCCAUAUCUAAGAUUUUUCUACCUGCCCCUCUACAGUACAGGGAUGGCUGGCUGCUCAACACACUCCUCCUCCCCUUUUUCCUUUCUUUAAGCUGUGUACAGUGAAAAUUGUCUUUACUGUAUUUUUGUUCUCUGGUAAUGUAAUAAGCAUGAUGGUGCCUUCUAUUAAUACAUCAUUCCAGUCUUGCUGGUAAUUUUGUACAGUAUAGUGUAUGAAUUGCUGUGCUGCAAAGCCAAACAGCUGCAAAAUGUUGAAGAAUCAUUGAAGUGCAUAAAAAUUGCAGUAUCUUUAAAAUCAGUAAAAUUGACUAGCAUAUUAUUUAUCUUGUUCUUCAGUUAACAACUUUAUGUUCUCUGUGGGAGGGAGUCUUGUGUGUUUGGGAGGGAGAGAAGGAGGAAGUCAGUUUUUUCAGUAAGUCUCUUGUUGACUUUUCUCUUAGCAUGAAUGUGAACGUUGAAGUGUUACCACUUGAGAGGUGCUUGGAAAAGUCAAUCAACUUGAUGUACCUUUUUAGUAACAUUUUUAAAGCAGUCAGAUUCCAUAAAUGGCAAGUAAACCUGAAGUGAGGAUACUGCAAUUUUCAGAGAAAAGAACAGCAGCUCUUAAGUGUUUGCGUUUUCUAUUUGGGGGGCAGGGAACUGUCAUUCAUUUUGCACAAUUCUUGAACUGAUGUCAGCACCCGAGUGGCUCUGAAUUUAAGUCUGGGACGACAUCUUUUAUUUUUACAUGAAUCUCUUAAACAAUUCUGUGAGCAAAGUUUGUAGCUGCUGGAUUGUCUUGUCUUCAUAGCAAGUUCCAGUAAACCACAAGUAUGGCAAAGGAUAUCCAAUUUUAUGCUUGGAGCAUUUGGUACAUACCCGUUUCUGAUGUUUCAGGCUAGGAGUGAGGUAAAUAAGUGUGACCACUUUAAAGCUGCUUGUUGGCAUGGAAGACUUCUCCAUUUUACCUUAGUAAAAACAAACAAAAAAUGCACUUGACAUAGUAGCAAACUGAUUCUGAAUUGUGAAACUGUUUGCUAUUUAGUAAACUAGCAAAUGAUGCACAUAUUUUGUUUUUCACGUACUGGGCAAUAUAAGGAAAAUUAAAUCUGUCCUUUCUUCUUAAGUGAGGUCUUCCAUGUUUGAGGAAAAGUCUUGCACUAUUGCAUAUAUUUGGGGGACACAGGUUUCUCAUAGUUUCCAUUUUUGGGGGCUUAA